AUGGGUUCUCAAAUUCAACAACGUCUUUUCAUACUCGAUACGGAUUUGUCAAAUCCAAACCGCGAGACCCGCCGGGGACGAAUCGUGUCAUGCUUGAUCGACGGAAGCGACCUUCAAACAGUAAUCGAUAAUAUCAAGUCUCUACCAGACGGUAUCACUAUAGACCAUGCUACUGGUCAUAUGUACUGGACCAACAUGGGGUCCAGCCUCAAAUCGGACAGCGGUUCAAUCGAGCGUGCCAACCUUGAUGGCUCGGACCGGCAGACGAUUGUGCCAGCAGGUACUGUCGGUGUUUUCACACCCAAGCAAAUCACUCUCGCCAAGAUUAGCCGCAAACUGUACUGGUGCGACCGGGAAGGCAUGAAAGUCAUGCGGGCAAACCUCGACGGAUCCGAUGUCGAAGUUCUGGUUUCGACAGGCGAGACGGAAGACGAUCGGAUGGACCAAAAGAGGUGGUGCGUCGGUAUUGCCGUGGAUGAGCAACGGGGGGUUUUUUACUGGUCGCAAAAGGGACCAUCCAAAGGCAACCAAGGACGAAUCUUUCGCGCGCCGAUUCAUACACCCCAAGAAGAAAGGGAAAAGCUGACCGAGGUGGUAUUCGAAAAUCUCCCCGAGCCUAUCGACCUUGAAAUGGACGAAGAACGUGGCGACCUAUACUGGACAGAUCGUGGAGACCCUCCAUCUGGAAACUCGCUAAACCGGGCGGCCGUGUAUGUUGGAGGGCAGUACGACAUAUUGGCUAUCAGAUUGCACGAGACAAUUGGAUUGUCGCUGGAUACGAAGGCGGGCGCCGCGUACGUGACGGAUCUAGCUGGAGGCGUCUACUCUAUUAAUGUGCAGACACGGAAGAAGAGUGUUUUAUUCACGGAGUUGGGUGACAUUACGGGUAUCGCCUUGGUAUAG